UUCCACGUAAGCCACAUGAAAAAAUUCAAAAUAUGUACUUCAAACAAAUCAUAGAAACAAAACAAUAACAAUUGAAUAUAAACAAUGCAAGAAGCAUAUUGCAAAAUAUACCAAACAAUGUCUUCUAAGCUUCUAGCAUUGUUUUUUAUGUUUGUCACAUUGGUAGUAGCUAGUGAAGAUAACAAUAUUAGUUUCACAUAUAAUGGUUUCAAAUCAUCACAUUUAUAUCUUGAUGGUGUUGCUGAAUUAACCUCAAAUGGUUUACUAAGAUUAACCAAUGAUUCAAGACAACAAAAGGGUCAUGCUUUCUAUCCAAACCCUAUAGUUUUCAACAAUGGAAGUAGUAGUAAUGUAUCUUCUUUCUCUACUACUUUUGUUUUUGCCAUAAAAUCUGAGUUUCCUAAUCUUAGUGGCCAUGGAAUUGUUUUUGUUCUUUCUCCAACAAAAGGGUUACCAAAUUCACUACCAAGUCAAUACCUUGGUCUAUUCAAUGAAUCAAACAAUGGAAACAACAAUAACCAUGUUUUUGGUUUGGAGCUUGAUACUAUUAUGAAUACGGAGUUCGAUGAUAUCAAUGACAACCAUGUUGGAAUUGAUAUCAAUGGUUUGAAAUCAGAGAAAUCGGCUUCGGCAGGAUAUUAUGAUAUUGAUGGUAAUGAGUUCAAGAAUUUGAGCCUUUUUAGUGGCUUACCAAUGCAAAUUUGGUUGGAAUAUGAUGGAGUGAAGAAAAAGAUUGAUGUUACUUUAGCUCCAAUUAAUGUUGUUAAACCAAAACAACCUUUGUUAUCAUUGAACAAAGAUCUUUCUUCAAUUCUUAACACUAGUAUGUAUGUUGGAUUCUCAUCUUCAACAGGUUCAAUUCUAACUUCUCAUUAUAUUCUUGGUUGGAGUUUUAAGGUUAAUGGUCAAGCUCAAAAUCUUGUAAUCUCUGAACUUCCUAAGUUACCUACUUUAGAUGAAAAACAUGAUUCUAAGGCAAUUAUGAUUAUUGGUUUGCCUUUGAUUUCACUAUGUUUGAUUCUAAUGGUAGCUAUAGCAAUAUUUCAUUUCAUCAAAAGGAAGAAAAUGUUUUCUGAGCUUCAUGAAGAUUGGGAGAAAGACUAUGGAACUCAAAGAUUCAAGUACAAAGAUUUAUACUUUGCAACAAAGGGUUUCAAGGAGAAGGAGCUAUUAGGAACAGGUGGAUUUGGUAGAGUCUACAAAGGUGUGAUGCCGAUUUCAAAACUCGAGGUAGCCGUGAAGAGAGUUUCACAUGAAUCAAGACAAGGGAUGAAGGAAUUCGUCGCGGAAAUUGUUAGUAUAGGUCGUCUUCGUCAUAGAAAUCUCGUUCCACUUCUCGGCUACUGCAGGCGAAAAGGCGAGUUACUUCUUGUCUACGAUUACAUGCAGAAUGGAAGUUUAGACAAAUAUUUACACACCAAACAACAAAGAUUUACCUUAAAUUGGAGUCAAAGGUUUAGAAUCAUUAAAGGUGUUGCUUCUGGUUUGUUUUAUUUACAUGAAGAAUGGGAACAAGUUGUUAUUCAUAGAGACAUUAAAGCUAGUAAUGUUUUAUUAGAUGGUGAAAUGAAUGGUAGAUUAGGUGAUUUUGGUUUAUCAAGAUUAUAUGAUCAUGGAACUGAUCCUCAAACAACACAUGUUGUUGGAACACUUGGUUAUUUAGCACCAGAACAUACAAGAACAGGUAAAGCUACAACAAGUUCUGAUGUGUAUUCUUUUGGUGCAUUUUUACUUGAGGUAGUUUGUGGUAAAAGACCUAUUGAACAAGUAAGGGAAUGUGAGAGUGAGAGUAUAAUUUUGGUUGAUUAUGUUUAUGAUUGUUGGAAAAGAGGUGAGAUUAUUGAGGCUAAAGAUGUGAAUUUAGGUGUGGAUUAUGUGGUUGAAGAAGUUGAAUUGGUUUUGAAACUUGGUUUGUUAUGUUCACAUUGUGAGGCUUUGGCUAGACCAAGUAUGAGACAAGUUUUGAGGUAUUUGGAGAGGGAUUUGCAAUUACCUGAUUUGAGUUUUCUUAGUUUGUCUUCAAUGGGAUUAAGUUAUGGACAAUGUGAAAAUUUUCAAGAUUUUGGUAUGUCUUAUCCUUCUUCUUCUAUGGAUAGACCUUUCUCACAUACUUCUUCAAUUGCUGAAUCACUUCUCUCUGGUGGUCGUUGAGUUUAUAAGAGACUGGAAUAGAAAUGUUCUUAUAGGAAUAUUUUAUUGUAGUUGAUUUUGUAUUAUAUUUUAUUGAAAUAGAUUUGAAAAAUCAAAAAAUGUGUCUCAAAUUA